GCAGCCUUGACCUUCAAGGUGUGUUGAUAUUUUUUUUAUUCAUUUACUUCCUUGUAUUGGUGUGGAUUUAUCGACUUCAAAAGUAUUUAGAUCAUCAUGGGUAAUCGUGCUUCUAUGCAACUUCAACAGGAGGAAAUCCAUGACAUACAAAAUGAAACUGGAUUUUCUCACAAUCAGAUUGUCAGACUUUACAGUAGGUUUACCAGUCUUGACAAAAAUAACAAUGGUUUUCUAAGCCGUGAAGAUUUUCUGAGAAUUCCAGAACUUGCUAUAAAUCCAUUGGGAGACAGGAUUGUGCAUUCUUUUUUCUUAGAAAGUAAUGAUGAGACAGUGAACUUCAAGCAGUUUAUGAGAGUUCUAGCAAGAUUCAGACCCACCAAAACAAAUGUGAACAAAAAUAAGCUCAACACUCGGGAAGAAAAGCUCAAGUUUGCAUUCCAGAUGUAUGAUCUAGAUGGAGAUGAUAGAAUCUCUCGGGAGGAGUUACUGGCUGUCCUACAUAUGAUGGUGGGUGAUAAUAUAUCUGAGGAACAGCUGAACAGUAUAGCAGACAGAACUAUCACAGAGGCAGAUGAAGAUGGAGAUUUUAUGAUCUCUUUCUUGGAGUUUAAAAAGGUCAUGGACCGUGUUGAUGUUGAACAGAAAAUGAGUAUACGAUUCCUGAACUGAAUGUGUAGAUAAUAGUGGAAACUGGUCAACUUGGAGGUGAAGAAUUAAAUGUUAACAGAACAAUGCAGCCAUUUUGGAGUCUUCAAAAAUUUAAAAAAAUGUAUAGAACAUUUUAGAAACAAAUUUUGAUGACAAUUCCAUUCAAAACUCAAGGAAGAACUGUAAUUUUGUUCCUCAUUGUUUUGUCUUAAAUUAUUUGCUUUCAUUUAAUUACAAAGUACAAAUGCACAGGACAUGUAGUAUUUACAUCAUUUGCAGCUUUCAUUUCAAUGCUGGUGACUGGCUAAACAUUAUACAUAAUGAAUUUAAUUUUACUAAUAUUUUGGAACUGUGUGACUCUUGAAUUUUUAACAGCCAUCCAUGAAUAUUUAUGCAGAAUUUCAUUACUCUCGGUGCUAAUUUAAGAGUGACAGAGCAAAAAGAAAAUUAUAAUAUACAUUUUAAAGACUUAGAUGUUGAUGAAUACUGGCCCAGUAUGACUUGGGUCAUUUAUUGUAACAGGUUUGCAUUUAUGUGUCAAUGUCUUAACAUUAUUGCUCUAUAUUUACCUACUUUCUGAAUCAUUUAUAGUUUGUUUUAAGCAAUGUGCUUGUAGUGCUAAACAUGUUUUUGAUUUUCAUUUACUUGCCAUCAAUACCAAUACAGUCAAACUUUGUUAACUCAAACUUGGAUAAUUCGUACACCAUCCUUCCCUCAAACUCCUCGUCAGGUCCUGGAAAAAUUCCCUGUAUAAUGAAUUUGUUCGGUACCUUGAACAACUGAUCACUUGAACAAAUUUUGCUUGUCCCAUUGAGUUCGGGUAAACGAGGUUCCACUGUAUUCCUGUAGCAAUAUAUUUUAUGCAAAAUAUCACAUGUAAUAAAAUCAGUAAGGGAUAUAAUAUGUAAACGAAAAAUGUUUUGAAAUAUUUAAGAACUUGGCUAACUUUUCAUUUGUGAGAUAAUCAUGAGAAAUUAUACAGUGAAAACAGUUCCUUCAAAAAGAUACUUUACAAUCAUUCUGUGUUUCUGUAUUGUUUUUCUGUAAAUAUGUACGUCAUAUUUGUAUCUUGUCCGGAAAUAUAGUCGUUGCAUGUGUUGAGAAUAAUUUUACAUAUAUUGAACUAUAUGUUUACAAUAGUUAUACAUGUAUUAUUUGUUAAAUUGUGUAUUUGGGACAUUGUCUUGGAUUAGUAUGUAUUAUAUCAUAAGGUUUUUAGUUUUUAGUUUAAGUGGUCCUUCCUAUAUUCUCAGUGCUCUAGAACAGUGCAUUGAACAAAACAGUGUACAUGUAGGUGUUUAUACCACGUGUCACAGAAUGUGUUACCUUUUUAUAGAAAAAUAUUUGGUCAUUAUUUCAUUAAAGAUGUUUUGAAAAAUUUGCUUUUAGAAACUUAACUAUUUUGUGAACCAAAGUAUUUUCACUGUUGUUCAAAAAUAUCUACCUAGAUUCACUCUUAUAAAAAAAAUACAGCUUUUGUUGUGGAGUAGGUCAUAUUGUGUAUGUGUGAUUAUUUUUAUUGAUGCUUUUUGGAGUAUAUUUAUAAAUGCAGAGAGCAAAUAAAAGGAAAUAAACAAUUUGUUAGAAGAAAAAAAUAAACAGAAAGCAGUUUUAUUGAUGUUACCCCUCACCAAGUUAUCAGCAAAGACAACUGGCUUAGUUUGUAAAUGAUUUUUUUCCCAAGAAAAUUCGAUUCCUUACUCAUGAACCACAGUACUAAAAUAUACAUGUACCAUCUUAAUUCUCAGUAAAUAAUAAUAAACUUCAAUAUAUUUAGAGAAUGGUAGCAGUCUUACAUUUAUUUGUAUUGUAAAUGAGGGUAAUGUUGUACAUUUUUGUUUGUUUAACUUUGUUAUUGAACUGUUGCAAAAUUAACAUUCACUUGUUUAGAGUUAGACUUGUCUCUUUUGUACAUAAUUAUUUUAACUUCCAGAUUCUCUGUCCAUUCCAUAUUAAAGAUCAUGGUUUAGUCCCAUGUUGAUAUUUUUGAAAUUCAUUGUCAUUUUAUUAUUUUCUCAUUCAAAUAACUCUUGAUAUUAAACAUUAAAGAACUCAAAUCAUUUUAAAACAUUGUUUUUUUUUCAAAGUAUAUAAGUGUUAUAUACACAACAAGUUAGCAUUAGGAUUGUAGCAUUAUGUUAAUUAUGUCCCACAGAAUUAUAUUUUUAAACAGGAAUAGAGUUAUUGUAGUUCCAGAGGUUAGAAUUCUAAUAGAGAACUUGUUCUACACAGAUUUUUUAUAUAGGGUAUAUACAUUAUUCGGAUAUAAAUUUGGUGAUAGUUUCUCCCAUAGAAGAUUUUGUCAUAGUUACCUUGAUUUUGACUAUCAUUUAAUUAAAGGUUAGGGGAUAAGAGUUUUACAGUGAAAUCCCCAGUUGGUAAUUAAAUGAUUUGAUAUUUUAAUGCACUAUAACUGGGAGUAAUAAAAGGGAGUGAUCAGUUAAAAAUACUGACUAGAGUAUUUUAAAUAAACUUAUUUUUCUGGAAUAUGCUAGACUAAGAUUCUUUUGAUCCCUAUAAACAUGUGUAUUAAAAUUUGUGAUUGUUUUGUAAUUGGAAGUGGCUUCUAUCAAGUUGGUUGUAAUACAGCUGAAAUAGUUCUAGAGUCACAUACCAGUUCUUGCCUCAUUACCUGUUUGAUCAGAUUUUACACACAUGUAAAUUCUGUUUAUCUCCUUUACAAACUUCUAUCUCCUGUGAAACUUUUAACACUAAGCAAGGUUACAUUUUGUCAUUAUUUUUCUGAUGAAAUUACUUAAAUCUUGGUCAAAUAUAAUUAUAUUUUCUGUGAUAGAUUUAAAGUUCUUUGUCAUAUCAGAUGUUUUACAGUGAUAAAAUAAAUGAAGUGAUUUA